AUGGCAGCCAUGGAUCACGACUUUCCGGACAUGAUGGAUGAGCAAGAGAGCCUCGUGAACUCAGCUGAUUCAGCCGAAGGUCCGUUUCGCAGGUCCGGCUGGCAGGUGCUCUUGGAGGUUGAGUUCGCCAAGCAGAAUGCUCUCCUUCGGGACGUGGGAUUGCAGAUGAUAUCCACAGUCAAGGAGACGCUCAAGGAUGAGCUGGCAUUCAAAAACUCCUUUGGAGCCCGGGGCAUCCGUCAUGUCAGGACAGAUGCAGACAUUCCCAGGAGGCUGUCAAAUGUCCUCUCCUCAGAGGCAGAGUCAAUCGGCGCACAGUCGUUGCCGUUGGGGAUGAAGUUCCAGCCUAGCACAGCAUCUCAUUCACCCACCAGAGACAGAGAACCUCCGGUGGUGACAGCAACAGACCCGGAGAAGAAUGUCAGCAGUGCCAACUCUUGGGACUCCAUCUACCAGCAUCGUGAUUUCCGUGCUUCUAGGAGGAAGGCCCAAGCGGCUGCGAAGAAGAUCUCUCAGCUCCGUGGGGGAAAUUCCUCUUUGGGCUUGGUAGGCGACAUGGAUGAUGCGAACUCUCAGUCUUGGUCGCUGCGAACAGUUCGGUCAUCCGCAUUCCGCGCGGGCGUUCCCAUUGUCAUCCUCACGAACCUGAUACUUCUGGGCGUCGAGGUGGAUAUGUCUGCGGAGCUGCCACCCAAUGUCCAAAUCCAGUCAUUUCAGGUUGCGAACUUUGUCAUCGUGACUUUCUUCUUCGGUGAGAUCCUCCUCAAGCUGCAUGCGUAUGGCUGCAAGACGAUGUACUUUGGGAAAGACCGGUGGUGGAACUGGUCAGACCUGGUGAUAUUCUUGAUGUCUGUCUUCGAGAUUGUGGCGGAAGCAAUGGCUUCAGCCGUGUUUGCCGCGCAAAUGGAUCCGACACAGCUCCGCACGAUGCGUUUCCUUCGAAUGGCACGCGCGCUGCGCGGAGUGCGGGUGCUGCGCUUGCUGCAGUACCUCAGUGCCCUGCGCACCAUCGUCUUUUCCAUUGUCAGCACCAUGGGAUCCGUUUUCUGGACAUCGUUGUUGCUUGUGAUCCUUUUCUACCUGUUUGGCGUCCUCAACACGCAGAUUGCCACGGAUCACUGCAGAGCUCUAACACAUGCUGAAGUUCCGCAGAAAUGCGACCCAGAGCUGAUAAGGUUUUGGUCCAGCGUCCCGCAGGCCAUGUUGACACUGUUCCUGUCCAUCACGAACGGUAUCAGCUGGGAUGACUGCCUGCAGCCCCUUUGGGACGUCUCCCGCGUGGCCAUCAUAAGUCUAAUCGUGUACAUCGUAAUCACGGUGUUCGCAGUAUUAAACACA